CUAUUAUGUGUUUUGUUUAUUCAUUUAACACAAAUAAAUGGAUACAAAAAAAGUGACAGGUGACGUAACCUCCUGGACUUAGGCAAAAGUAAAGCUGUACGGAGAGAAGUAUACGAGAAUACACAAAGUAAGCAGUAAAAGUGUUUUUGUACGUGUCCUUUAUAUGCAAUAUCCGUUUUGACCUGGCAUAAAGACAAACAACUAGGAGUUUUAUUUGGACAAUUUUUUUGGGUUCUAUUUCGUGACUUCUUGCAACCAAGGAACUAUUGAAGUGGGUAAAGUUUUAUUCAGUCAAAAGUUACCCUUUGCCACCGCCUCUUGGCAUGUUGUUGCCGAGGAACUACAUUGGAAGUGCAUUAAGGAUGGUUAAUCUUGUGGCAUCGAGAAGCAAUUCCAAACAUUUUAAGGGGAGAGUGUUUCAUUUAUUUAGACCAAGUAGUGCUUUGCCGCCAUUGUGUGGCAUCCUUGUGCCAAGGAACUGUAUUGAAGUAUGUUGUAGAGUUUUAUUUCGACAAAAGUAAUGCUGUGUGUUGCCACCUGUUGUCAUUUUGGUGCCAAUAAAGUAUGUGGAAGUGCAUUGUUGAGUUUUAUUUUGACAAAAGUAAUGCUUUGCGACCACCUGAUGGCAUUUUGACUCCAAGGAACUAUGUUGAAUUAUGUUGAGGUUUAUUGAGACAAAAGCAGUGCUUUUGCUCUAUACUAUGCUAUCACGAUGGACCGAUAAACCUUUUUAGAGUACUGUGUCAAUUUUCAGUCGGAAAGUAAGUGCCUGUUGGUGCCAAGGAACUAUGUUGAAGUGUGUUGGAGUUUCAUUUUGACAAAACUAGUCCUGUAAUAAUAGUUUAAACCAUUAAUGUUCUGCAAACUAAGCUACCAAAGAUCUUAAACUGUUUAAAGAUUGUUUGAUUUUGAAAAAAAAAAAAAAAAAAGCAUCCAAAGUGCAUGAAAACAUGCAACAAAGAUUCUCCCAAACUAACAGCCCACGCCGACUCGUCUUCUCGUCCAGGUUCGGCAGCUUGUGAGAGAAGGUCGACUUGAGUUCGUCCUGGGCGGCCAAGUGAUGCCCGACGAAGCCGUUACCGAUCUCGAUGAUUUGCUUGUGCAAAUGACAGAGGGCCACGGCUUCCUCUUCGAGACAUUCGGCGUGCGUCCUCGCUUCUCGUGGGGCGUCGAUCCGUUUGGGGCCUCCGCCGCCGCGCCCGUGCUCUUCGCCCUGGCCGGGUUCGACGGUCAUCUCAUCUCCCGAAUUGAUUAUGACCUGAAAGAUUCCAUGCAGAAGACGAAGAAAUUGCAGUUUGUUUGGAGAGGUUCUGCCUCUUUGCAAGAGCGGCAGCAAAUCUUCACACACACCAUGGACCAGUUCAGCUACUGCACUCCGUCUUACCUGCCAUUCUCCAACAGGUCGGGCUUCUACUGGAACGGCGUGGCCUUGUUCCCCGACCCCCCGAAAGACGGUGUGUACCCAAACAUGAGUUUGCCCAUCACCAAGGAAACAGUGCACGCUUACGCCAGCACCAUGGUGGAGAACAUCAAGCAGAGGGCCGACUGGUUUCGGACCAAGCACGUUCUGUGGCCAUGGGGCUGCGACAAACAAUUCUACAAUUCGUCCGUGCAGUUCGCCAACAUGGACCCGUUAAUGGACUACAUCAACAAGAACAGUAAGGACUUGGGGGUCACGGUCCGCUAUGCCACACUCGCCGAAUACUUCCGAGCCGUACACGAUGCGGAUCUUGUCUGGGAGGUGCGCGGGAGUGAAGACUUUCUGCCUUAUUCUACCGAGUCCCACCAGGCGUGGACAGGAUUUUACGCCUCUCGGAACAUCCUAAAAGGGGUGGCGCGGCGAGCCAGUGCCCAACUUCAUGCGGCCGAGACUCUCUUCACGCUGUACCGGAUCAACUAUCCGGACGGACCUGUCACAAAAGACUGGGCGCUUGCUAAGCUAAAAGCUCUACGCUGGGCCGUCUCGGAGGUCCAGCACCACGAUGGCAUCACUGGCACCGAGUCCCCAAAAGUAGCAGACAUGUACCUGCAGCAUCUUACACAGGCCAUGAUGGGCGGCGAGGAGCUUCUGGCGGCCAUCUUCUUGCUGCCGCACAACAUCGACAUCCUCAACGCCCCCCGCAACCACAAAAAAGCGGGCGCUCGGCAUGAUUUGGAGCAAUACGUCAUCGUUUACAACCCGCUGGCGUGGAACAUCUCGACGGUCAUCAAUGUCACGGUGACGUUUCCGUUUGCACGUGUCUUUGAUGAGUCAAGACGACCCGUCCCCGCGCAGAUCCAAAGGUCCGCCUUGUCCAAUGUCACCUACGACUUGUUCAUCCUGGCCGACCUGGAAGGUCUUCAGCAGACAAAGUACUUGAUCAGUUUCUCAGAGAAGCCGUGCCCGCUGAAGUCCAAGUGUGGUAGCACAUUCGAAGCCAAAGAGGUCCAUUUUGAAACGCGCAGCAUCCGGGACUGGAAGAAAGUGGGUAGCAGGCUCCUGCCGGUUCUGAGCGAGUGUUAUAAGCUCAUGUUCGACCAGGACACCAAUUUACUACACAGUAUCACGCAUCUGCAAGACAAAAGACGGGUCCGGGUGACUCAGGAUUUUUGGGAGUACCGUGCCAACGGUGACGUGAAAGCAGGGCCCAUAUCAGACAACUACAUCUUCAGCGCCAACGGUUCAGCGGUGCGGGCGUACGAGGCUGUGCGAAUGGAGAUAGUCCCCGGUGACAUCAUCACUGAAAUCAGGCAGUACUUCUACAGGAAUGAAAGCGACGAGGACUAUGCCUUCUCCAUCAUCACCCGCGUCCCAGAAUGCUUUGGGAGCAAAGUGCGAUGUCAUGGCCUGGAGCAGACGUACUCGCUGGGGCCGCUGCCUGUCAACGCCGAGGUCGUCCUCAGGACCAGCUCAUCUUUGAAGAGUGACAGAACGCUGUACACGGACAACAACGGCUACCAGAUGAUGAAAAGGACGCAUAGAGAGUUCGCCAACAACACUUUAGCUCGAAAUUAUUUCCCGAUGGUUCGCACGGCCUACAUCGAGGACGAGCUCAGCCGACUGGUGCUGGUCGCCGACCGGGCCCACGGCGUGUCCAGCCAAGCCAGCGGACAACUCGAGGUCAUGCUCCACCGACGGCUGUGGAACAAUCUGCCCUGGAACCUCGGCUACAACCUGACCCUCAACGAUAGCUCGGUGGUCCGGCCCACGCUGCACGUGAUGCUGGCUUCCAAAAGCGUCGCUGCCAAAAUUUACCAGAGGGAGGCGAUAGAGCUGCAGCACAGACCUGUCGUCAUGCCCGUCGACCUGCCACAUCUGCGCUGGCAGGAGAAUGAGCAUAAAAGAAGUCCUCACGCCCGUGCCGUGGUGCUGCCGCCCAACCUGCACCUGCUCAGCCUCAGCAUCCCCGGCUGGAAUUACAGCGUCCGCUCAGGUGAAAAUGUGCAACCCGAGCCUGACUAUGACCGGGUCCUGUUGAGAAUCAUGCAUCUGUUUGAGGAAGGAGAAGACCCCGAGCUUUCAAAGCCACUCACCAUCAACUUGAAGGAUGUGCUCCGGGGCAUCGGGGACCUGUCGGCCAUGGAGGAGCGCUCCCUGACGGGAACUUGGGAUAUAGGUAGCCUGCAGAGGUGGAGGUGGAAAACAGCAGAUAACAAAGCUGAAAAGAAGAGAAGCUCCAGGCGCUUUGGAGACGAUCCUUUCUCAGUGACCAUUUCAGCCAAAGAAAUCCGAACCUUCUUUGUUUCCUUCAACUCCAGGAAUCUUUAGGUUGCCUUCUGUGGAGAUGUACUUUUUGUUUAGUUUUUUUUAGAAUAUUAAAUGCUGUGAUUUAUUCUUGAGGACUUAACCAUGAUGAUUCUAUGAUGACAGACUCAUUCAAUAAAGUGAUUCUUUUGGCUGCUUUGUUACCGGAUUGUAAUUAGUAUUAAUGUUAUAUUAAUGAA